AUGCCUAUUGCAAACGGCGAUGUCGCCGUCAAUGGCCCAUCCCUGAAUCGCAACGUCGAAAAACUCGAUUAUCGCAAAGCCGUCGAAGUCCUCAAGUCCGACUAUCAGUCCCAGGAUGGCCUCGAUGUUCACACCCUCCUGGACUCGGCCAAGAAUGGGGCGCUGACAUACAAUGACUUCCUCAUUCUGCCGGGAUACAUUGGCUUCGCUGCUUCCGAAGUGACUCUCGAUUCGCCCGUGACCAAGCGUAUCUCCCUCAAGACUCCUCUUCUCUCUUCUCCGAUGGACACUGUGACAGAAGACUCUAUGGCCAUUCACAUGGCCCUGUUGGGAGGUCUCGGUGUCAUCCAUCACAAUUGUUCGGCGGAGGACCAAGCAGACAUGGUUCGGAAAGUCAAGAGAUACGAGAACGGUUUCAUAUCUGAGCCCGUCGUUCUCUCGCCCAAGACCACUGUGGGAGAAGCGAAAGAACUGAAAGAGAAAUGGGGAUUCGGAGGGUUCCCAGUCACUGAGACUGGUCAACUCAAGUCCAAGCUCAUUGGCAUCGUUACGACCCGAGACAUCCAGUUCCAUCCUCGCCCGGACGAUCUGGUCACGGAAGUCAUGUCAAAAGACUUGAUCACUGCUCCUGCUGGAACAACUCUGGCCGAGGCUAACGCAGUUCUUCGUGAUUCGCGCAAGGGCAAGCUGCCUAUUGUGGACAGCAACGGUAACCUCAUCUCUCUGCUAUCACGAUCGGAUCUCCUGAAGAACCUAAAUUUCCCUCUGGCCUCGAAACUGCCUCAUUCCAAGCAGCUUAUUGCUGCUGCCGCCAUUGGCACCAGACCAGAUGACAAAAUCCGAUUGCAGAAACUAGUUGACGCCGGUCUCGACAUUGUGAUCCUUGACAGCAGUCAAGGAAACAGCAUGUACCAGAUUGAGAUGGUCAAGUACAUCAAGGAGAAAUACCCGGAACUCGACGUGGUCGCUGGAAAUGUCGUGACUCGCGAGCAAGCAGCCAACCUCAUUGCUGCUGGUGCCGAUGGCUUGAGAAUUGGCAUGGGCAGCGGCAGCGCAUGCAUCACCCAAGAAGUCAUGGCAGUCGGCCGUCCUCAAGCAGCGUCAGUCUUCGCCGUGGCCUCGUUUGCAUCCCGGUUUGGGGUUCCCUGCAUUGCUGACGGUGGCAUUCAAAACGUCGGCCACAUCGUCAAGGGACUCGCCAUGGGGGCUUCCACCGUGAUGAUGGGUGGUCUCUUGGCCGGUACCACCGAGUCCCCAGGAAACUACUUUGUCAGCCGUGAAGGUAAGCUCGUCAAGGCCUAUCGAGGAAUGGGCAGCAUCGAUGCUAUGGAAGACAAGAAGGCCGGCGGUGGAGGCAAGGAUUCCAAGGCCAGCAAUGCCGGCACGGCCAGAUACUUCUCUGAGGGUGAUAGACUAUUGGUCGCUCAAGGUGUCUCUGGUGCAGUCCCCGACCGAGGCACGGUGACCAAAUUCGUGCCCUACUUGCUGGCCGGCCUGCAGCACUCUCUCCAAGACAUUGGAAUCAAGAGUCUGACGGAACUUCGAGAGAGCGUCGUCAGCGGUAAAGUGCGCUUCGAACUCCGAACGGUCAGCGGGCAAGCUGAGGGCAAUGUUCACGGUCUGGACAGCUUCGACAAGAAGCUUUACUCUUGA